AUGAGUACAUCCGAAGGAAGUUCAAGGGAUAGUGUUCCUGACCCUCCGAAACCCAUGACAGCACUCUUCAAUUCCAAACGAGUAGUUAAGAACUUCUCAAGAACAAACCCUUUCGAUACUGCUCUUUCUCCUUUGAACCCCGAUCGCAUAUCCAAACACGUAACCUUCCUCACUACAUCUAUCCAUCAUGCCAUCCCCAGGACUCACAUUGAAACCUCCCAGUUUCUCACGAACAAUCCUCAAGAAUCUUCAACGAAUCAUCCUCCCAAGUUUCCAGAGCCCAAUCAUAACCCAGAUGACUCAGAAGACUCACUCGAAGAAAAUCCCCCCAUCUCACCAUCUACACCAGCUACUCAACCACGGGAAACCUAUUCCUCAAAAGCACAAUCGACUGGAACGGUCUCGCCAAAGCCCACCGAACUCCCGAAAACGAAACCAUCACCCCUCAACACCACCAACGAAUCAUCUCACUCCGAAUCCGACACAUUACAAACCUUCUUCAACGCCCUCGAAAAAUCUUUCCCACAAUAUGAUUUCGACACUCUCCAAAGAGCAAUCGAUGUCAUCGCCCUGGAGCAAGGAAAAACCGCCACAAACGGCGCUCCGUCAUGCAUAUCUCUCUAUGCGCUUCUGGCGCAAAUCUGGCAUUCCAGUUUGACGAUGCGAGACGCGUGGAUGAAAUUCCAGAAUGUGGGUUUCGCGGUGAGUUUUGGGAAUUUUUCAAUCUUGAUGCGACAAGCUGAGGUUUUGAAAGUGGGAGAUGAGUUGGGCAUGAAUGGUCUGCUUCUCACGGAAUCUUUUUGCGAAAUGGCGGAGAGGGAGAUACAGAUGCUCAAAGAGAAAGGAUGUGAGGAGAAAGUCUCAUGUCAGCUUACCGAAAUAUUCUGUACGGUACUCCCGCAUGUCUGUUUCGGAGCCUGCGGAUGGAGUAAAGCGCUGGAGAUUUUUAAUGCGCAUCUCGGGAUGCAACUUGGGUUGCGCAGGUUUAAGAAAUAUAUUAUCCCGGUUGUGGCGGAGAGGUUGAGAGCGCAUGAUGAGAGGCAUACGGCAAGGAUAAGGAGAGUGUUGAAGAAGGAGGUGGUGCGGACGGGGACGGAGAUUACGCCGGGAACGUUUUGUGAGGUAUUUAAUGGGAUGACGGGGUUUGGGGUUGAGGAGGUGGUUUUGAGGGAUGUGCAGAAUUAUUUGUUGGGAGCGUGGAGGGGGUGA